UCAAGGCGAAGUUACGCUGUCUUCAUGAACAUCAUGUGCGUCUAUUACAUAAUGUCUUACCGGCGCCCUCUGGCGUAGAUAUUGCUAACAAUAUCAAAUACUUUUCUCAAACUCUACUAACUGUCCUCAAAGAUGUGCGCACCUCACCACACGAUCUUAUACGCAAUCCCUCUGAAGAUCCUACACGCAUGUCUGCCUAUCCCACACUCGAAUAUGGAAAUCUUUACAAUGCCCUAACUAUGUUAAUUGAUGUUGCACCUUGCAUACAAUAUGGACAAAUUGUUUUUGGAAAAGCUCUACUACAAUGCCUCUGUUGUAUCCUGCCAUUUUUGGACAAGGAUCUUAUCGAUAAUCUACCUUAUUUGGCUAGCUCUACUAUAUCUGUAUUACCCCCAGCCUUACAUCAAGAUAUCGUCAAUGCUCUAUGUUACUAUAUACUACCAUUCACAAUAACUCGACGCAGUGCCGAUGAACAGGAGUCACAAGCCUGUCAAUCAGUGUCGUCUGUUAUCAUGAUGGUCCUACAGUACUCUAACAAUCCAGCUCAUCAUUGUCAACUCUUGGAAUGUCUAAUGACUCUAAAACAUAAUGUGGUCAAGGAUAUCCUGUGUGUCAUUGCCUAUGGCACAUCGGUAUCAAGAUCUUCAGCUGCAAAAUUGUUAUUCUAUUAUUGGCCAGCUUUUGAUCCGAACCUAUUUGACAGAAAGGUCCUACUCUCGAAAUUAACAAACGAUCUUGUGCCCUUCGUGUGUCAGCGUGAGCAUUGUCCCAAUGCUGGCAAUGCCGAAGCGGCCAAGGUGUGUUUCGAUCACAGCAUCAGCAUUACCUAUGCUCCCGAUUGUCCACCACCUCUGUACCUGUGCAUAGAGUGUGCCAAUGAGAUUCAUCGUGAACAUGCCAAUCUCGAAUUCGGUGACAUUCUUCAUCCCAUGCAACAGGUGUCGAUGGUGUGUGAAAAUAAAAAUUGCCGUUCAACAGAAAAAUCGGCAUUUUCCAUAUGCUUCUCGACGGAAUGUGCCAGUUAUAAUGGUAAUCAUCCCAUACGCUAUUGUUCUCAGUGUCACAGUAAUCGUCACAACUCGCGACGUGGUGGUGAUCAUGUUGUCCAUCGAAGUUUACCUCCGGCCUGGCAAAUGGACCCUGAAAUGCAAAUGCAUAUGGUGGAAUGUGUGGUGAGUUUGCUGCGUGAGGCUAAACCCUUGAAUUGUGAACCGGGCAAAGAGAGUUCGGAUUCAAAGAAGAAUGGUUCAGGUGGCGUUGGAGGUGGUGGUGGCGGUGGAAAUGGCAUAAUGCCAGAUGCCAUAUCACCGGAGGAACGACAAAUGUUGGGACGAUAUGGUAUAUGGUUGCUGGUGGGACGUUGCACGCCCACAGCCGAUACACCGGUGGAAAUAUUGGGAAGGAUUUUAAGCAUGCUCUUCCAUUGGUUCCAUGUUACCGCCUAUUCCUAUGAUGCCGGACAGAUCGAGAGUACAAUUGAAAAGUUGAAAACGGAACAUGUUGUGGGUUGGCUCAAGGAAAUCUGUCGCAUACAUUACAAUGUCUUCACUUCCUGUCUGCUGCCUCAUCCCCCAGAAUAUGCCCGAGUUGGCGGCCAUUGGGAAACUUUAGCUUCGAAAACUUCUCACCUCAAGGAGGGACUUCAACGUCUUAUCUGUUUGGUACCCUAUGAGGUCAUAACAUCUGAAAUAUGGGAUUAUGUUAUGCCCCACUGGAUGGAGGCAAUAACCAAUGAUGUUGCCGAAAAGGAACUAAACGAAUUGAAAAUUGUCCUUAGCAAAAUUCUCGAUCCCGAAAUGUCACCUUUGGGUUUUGAUGCAAAAACUAUGUAUAACUUUGUGGCAAUACGUUUUGAAAAAACCACGGCUAAGGUUCAGCAACAAGCUCUACGCUGGCUUCAGAUUCUCUCCAAAUUGGGAAUUCUGAUUCCUUUGGUCCAGCUAUUUGCAAUGUUCGGUGAUGGUGUUCGCAUCAUGAAAUAUGGUGUACAACAUGAGCUGAUGCGGGAAAAAGAGGGUGGCGGCAUAUGUCGUUCGGGCGUAAAGGCCAUACCAAGGGAACCCAAAAAUGAUCCACCACGCAGAAGUUCGAUAUCACCAGUUGUGGAGGAUGACUCGGGCAACACCUCCGAAAUAUCCGACGAUGAUGGCUCCACCAAUGGCCACCCUGAAUUCUCAACUGAUUCCGAACACAAUUUGACAUGUUGCAUCCUGAUGUUGGACAUCCUUUUAAAGCAAAUGGAACUGCAGGAUAUUGAACAACAUUUGGGUAUCCAUACCACGGUCUGUGAGAAUGUCUCCAGAUUGCUGAAAUGCAUGGUGACUGCGGCUCGUGUUGGACUGAGCAGUCAUGUGUGUUUAUUGAAGGUGGCCGAAUGUGGUUACUGUGAAGCAUCCAUAAUGUGGCAUCAACUAUCAACGAAACUUGUACAAUUUAUGGCUCCCCUAAACCCGCUAAGGCCACCAGAUGUACCCAUUGAAGAAAUCAUCGAAGAAGAAAAAUCCUCACGCAAAAGUCCACCAGAAAGCGACAAGGAAAAGACCAGGGAGCGUGAUGUCUCCCUUUCAAUGGCACCGUUGCCCAUACCACUGGGUCCAUUGGGCGGAUUUUCAGACCUUUUUAAGCUCGAUCCAAUCAUUUCAGACGAUGGGAAAAUUAUUAUUAUGGCAGGUCCAGUGCCAGUGGCGGUACCCCAACCUGAACCGCACUCAGUCGGUGGAGUUCUGGUGCACAUGCCUCAUGUAUGUUCGAAGAACGAUAAUGGCCAUUCGGUUGAUAGUAUUGAAUUGAGAAAAGUUCACGCUACAGACGAGAUUAUGACCGCAACUGUGGAAACAGUAUCGGAACAAUUGGAUUUAGCAUCUAUUUUGCCACCGGAUAGAGCCAUAGCUAGAUCCAUUACGCUAUCAGAUGCCGAUGUUGGAAGUGCCAAUGUUAGCGUUACCAAGGCCUCAGUUUUGGGUGGUGAUAAUGGUAACGGCAGUACCGGCGGAGCUGUUGGCCUAGAAAAUGGAAGUCUAUCCGAUGAAGACGAGGAAGAUGAUGACGAUGAGAAUUUCUGGCAUACUUCUGUGGGUAAAUUUAAAUUUACAUUGGAUACGCUGCCACAAACCUUGCAGUAUAUUCAUCAAUUGUUGACGGAAAUACCGACCAUCAAGAAACCGGAAAUUCUUUACUAUGUUCUGCAAUGCCUGAAUGUUAUGGCCCUGCAUGGUGACGCCCUGACAAAGGCGGCCCGGGAACAUCGUGGAUUUUUCAUAUGGUGUCAGGAAAAUUUACUGAUUAAAAACCUCUGGGAACUCUGCAAUGCCGAACACUCGCACAUCUGUCAAGUUGGAGUUCCGCUGCUUUUGCACUGCAUUACAUUACCCCUGGGUUCGGAUGUAUUCUGGCGUGUGGUCCAAGAGGCCUUCCACGACACCGAUUGGCGUGUACGAUUCACAGCAGUUGAACGAGUCACUGUAAUUACACGUUUUAUGGAUUCCACACCGCUGCGCACUGAAGUCGGCCUGCAAACGGCACUGGCUACGGCAUUUUGUCAUUUGAUUGCCAGCAUGGAUGACAUUAAUGUCUAUGUAGCCCAGAGGGCUACACUGUACAUUGGAACCAUACAUGAUACGGCAAUUCGGUCACUCCUCUUCUGCUUGGAAUCACAAUUCGAUUUGUUCAUUGUUGACCGUCCCGUGGUAUUACAGUCAGUUUAUCAGCUGCAUAACUCUUUGUCGGAUCGUAAAGUAUUGACAUGGGAAUUCUUUUUGAAUCGUUUCGAUACGUUGUUUGUGGAGGCGCAGAUAACGCUGGAGAAAUGUGGAGAUAUUUCGUAUUUGAGGGAUUUACGUAACUCCGAGAAUGGCAGUGAGGCAUUGUCAUCGAAGAUACUGAAGGCCCGGGAGGCCUUGAGUCAAAAUGAUUCGGCGACAGUGGGUAUGGCCAAGACUCUGAGUGCCUCGUUUGGCACAAAAUGGCCCUACAAGAGAACCAUGUCAGCACCGGCGAGUAUGAUACCCAGACAGGAUUCAAAAUUUGUACCCGACAAAGAGAAAAUCUACAGUCGCCAAAUCUCGGCCCCCAUAUUAAAACGGAAAACAUCACGCUUUGGUUUGGGUCAGUUUUUAGGCUCUAGUAGUGGAACUAGCCAAACUUGUCCUAGUUAUAGUUAUCCAACAGCUAGCAAUACAUUAACACAUCGUUCGGCUUACAGUGCUCAUAUUACCACUCACUCUGUAACGUCGUCACACUCACAUUCACAACAACCCGGUUCUGGUCCCAAUGCUCCCACCAAUUCCUCCUCUAAUGUUCCAUGUCCCAUACAUAAUCCCACCACAGCACCUGGACCCUCGGGUUCCACGCAACAUUUUGUCUUUUCCUCAUCCAGUUCAUCCGCCCAUCCCCCAAAUAGUAGUAGCAUUGCACAAAUAGCAACAACAUCAACAACUUUAACCUCGACUCAUAGUCAAAGUCAUCAGUAUUUAGUGCAUUGUGUAGCGCCUCCUAGUCAAACGCUAAUUCAUAGUCCAAUGCCAACGUUACAAGAAGCUGAUCACCACAAGCAACAACAUACAAAAUCCCAACCCUCGACGCAGUCCCACCAAUACCCAUAUCCCAUGCACUCCUAUCACUCCCAUUUCCAGAAACAUCCGUCGGCACCGAAUCUCUUGCCACCACCACCCCAAUCCCUACCAGCAGCACCGGCACCCAGUCCCACUCCUUCAGCUUCAGCUAUGCCAAUGAGUUGUACUUGUGAUGUCGGUUGCACGACCAGUGCUAAUGUUCAACCGGCACCUCAAGAUGGCCAUAUCCAUUCGCUGAGCGGCAUGAAUGAUGAUGCCUUGGUUGGUCUCUUAAGUCGUAUCACCGAGCUGGAGGAAUCGGAUCGUGAAACAAUCCAUUUAUUGGUAUUUCUAUUGAUGCAAUUUAUGUCAAGACCCGAUCAGGCCUAUCCCUCGGAAGAUAAACCCAUCUCCAAGACCCAAGGCAUUGUUUUGAAACAUUUAUUCUUGCUAUUGGGUCACAAUCAAAUUGACAAGACAUUCCAUACAUCGCCGGAAAGUUUGAGAGCCUCUGCCGUCUUCAAUGCCUUCAUGGCCAAUUUGCCACAGGUUCUGGAUCAAAAUCACUUGAUCGGUGGCCUAAUUCUGCCCUCUGUCAUGCAAGUUAUACUCUAUGCCCCCAACCCGAAUAGCAAUGCCGCCGACUCGUAUCAAAAUCUUGUCUUCAACUAUUCCCUCUGGUAUUUGGAACAAUAUCCACGACGCAAUUGGAUGUUUACUAUGCUUGUCGUGCUCUACAAGUAUUCUUAUACCCAACCUCCGCAAAGUGGUUAUGUAAACUCGGCCAUUCGGAUUAUAAUGAAUAGUUUACGUAAUCAUUUUCAUCAGUGUCGUCGUAUACCGACGACUACGAUUUUGGAUAUACAAGGUACUUCUAGAUCACGAGAUGUUAGUCAACCGUCAUUGGGCACUGACCCGGAUGAUAAGGAACAAAGUCCACCGGCCAGUCCGAUGUUUCCCUCGGAGGGUACGAGUGGGGCCUCGAAGAGUAAGGGACAAAAUGUGGCAUUUACACCGAAAUUGCAGCAUGCCUUCCGGAAGUAUAAUGACUCCAGUUUGGAUGCCGAUGAAACGGAGUCGGAAUUGGUUGCCAUACCGGAGAGUGAUUUGUCGGAUAGUACUCUGCAUGGCAGUAGUGCUCCGGGCUCCUUUGAUGAUACCAUUCACUUCGAGGAAAUCACACCCUCAAAACUGGAAGCUUUGCGUAAUCGUCGCACCGCCGAGGAUAAUCUGAAAAAUCAAAAAACCAUGAUUACCACCAAGACCGGCGACACUUAUACCACAAAAAUUAAAACCACAGCGGCUGAGACAGUUUCCACCACCGUUGUGGCCACCCACUCUCGUCACAGCCUCCAGGAAGGGGUGCGCAUGAUUGUUACUCCUUUAGUGGGCACAGAACCCUCCGAAACGGCAAUUAUUAGUCCGCCUGUAGAUGUCCACAGAGCCGUCACGGUACGCAACAAAUCCCAGCCAUCGGACAUGGCAACUUCAUCCACUUCGAAAAUGUUUGCAGCAAUUGCCACCAAUCAUUUGAAGGCUUUGGGGGCUCUACAAGAUUUGCCGGCCAAAAUCACGGACACCAAAUCCCAGUCAUCGGCAAGUGGUUCCCGAUCAGGCAAUGGGGCCAGCUCUGGAGAAAGUUCAGACAAAAAAUCAAGCACUAAGUCUUCAUUGACAGUGGAACAGCCGCCCAUUCAAGGCGCAGCAUCCAAAAAACCCAUGGGCCGCCACAAGACCAUAAUUGAGUGCAGUGCCGGUACCUCGUCCUCCUCGAAUGGCAAUGAUGAGGUCUCACGUUUAAGUGCCAAUUACAAAAAAGCCACCACCUCCAAAACACUGAAAAGCAAAUCUGAAAAGGCCUAUGGCUCGCCAGAUUCUCCAUUGUCCAAAAUGAGCGUCAUGCCAAAUCCGGUGGAUGAAUUGGAGCAAAAUAAUUUGCCACCACCUAAAAAUAUUGCAGCACUGGAAAUUCCCACUCCAGAACGUUUGCUGCCAAUUGGUACCCAAGAAUCGGUGGCCGCCAUAGCGGAACGCAUGCGUGAGGGCCUGAAUUUACCCGAUAUCAGUCAUCUGAAGCAAGAUAGUUUAGAUGUUUCGGAGAGUACCAAAGGUGAUGUUACACCCAGUAGCCGUACCAAUUCUCCCAGGCGUUUAAUAAAACAGGUGGCUUUGGAAGAGCCAAGUACAACCCAACAUGGUGCCACCACACCUCUACCCAAAGAAGAUGGCGGACCCGAUUUACAUACAUCCAUUUUAAAAGCAGUUCAGGAUGGUAAGUCGAAUGGUGGCGCUGGUGGUGGAGGAGCAGCAACAGGCGCAGCUGGAACUGGUAAUGGCAAUGGUUCAGCUAACAUUCCCACCGCUACAGCCACUCGCUCGGACAGCUCUAAGAAGCCGCGUCAAAAAAUGACACCAUUUGCUGUUGACAUUAAUGCAAUGCCGGAUAUACGUUCACGUUAUGCCGGAUCAUGGCCACCGCCGCCAUAUCAGCCACCUGAGGAUCCAGACGACGAUUUGGACGAGGCCCAGGAAAGCAGUACACAGGCACCGCAUAUUACACAACCUAAUCGAGUGAGCAGCAGGCGUGUUGGAGAUUAUACCGUGUGUGAUCGCUGUUCUGAAUGUGGUGCCUUACUAGAGGAAUAUACGGACGAGGAAAUCGGUCUGCUCAUUGUUAUACUGGGUACAUUUAUACAUCGUGAACCGGCCAUGGCAGCACCAUUCUUGCCGGAAAUUUUAACCAUAGCUUCCAAGAUUUCGUCCACUUCCACCUUUGCCUGGCAGGGAGAAAAUGGGCCACCCUUGGUUUGUAGCGCCCAGGCUAUGGCGCUGCAGUUUUUGAGGUGUGUUCUUCAUCAAUUGGCACCAAACGGGAUUUUCCUGCAAAUUCUACAAACCGAGGUUGUCAUGAAAGUUCGUCGCACUACAUUCCGCAGCAUUGCCAAAGCCUUACAGGAUUUUCAAGAAUUGAAUGCCUCAAGUCCUAUUUACAUGGUCUGUGAAGCAUUGCAGGCCAAAAAAUCCCUACCCUUGGAAUCGUUGCCCAUAAUAUUCCGCAAUAUGUCCGAAUAUCUACAGUGUGUUGCUCCCGAUGCCAAUAUUGUACAAUCAGCAUGGCCCCAAGCUAUGGCCAGUUUGGAAAGUCUCCUACGACAAGUGAUUGUCAUUCUGCCAAACAUAACCAAUCAUGAUUAUCUUUUGGAUUUGAUUGUAUCAACGUUGCGUUUAAAUUGUGUACCCAAAACCCUCUUGGAUCCAUAUUCAAAAAUUGUUGCCUAUUGUGUGCAACAUACAAAUCUUGAGUAUUCCGUGCUCUAUGACAUAUGCGUCUAUAGUCGUUCAUUUUCACGCGAUCGUGAUAAGCAGUAUUUGUGUAGACAGCUGAUAUUUGAAUUUGUCCAAGCAUUGAAAUUUAAAAUUAAUAUUCCCGAUCAUAAUUUGUUGAUGAUUAUUGGGUUUGUUCUACUGGAUGCUGGGGGUACUUUACCACCAGGAACAUUACCCGGCAUUCCGGAAAUACCAUCGGCUUUGCCCACAAAUGCAUCGGAUUGUUUGCGGCAAUACAUAAAUGAUGUUAUUGACUUUUUGGCCGAUUUCCAUACUCUCAGCAAGAUUAAGAACUUUAAAAAUUCUCAAACUCAAAAUGGUUUGGGAGAAGAUACUUUGGGUGGUGUUUUGAAAGGUGCCGUAUCGCAGUAUCUUGCUUUGGAAAUGUCAAGGGGCAAUUCACGAGACAACAAGGCAGUGGCUAGAUAUCUGCCGUGGCUCUAUAAUGCUCCUUCUUCCUUGCAGCAAGGGCCCAAAGAAUUCACUGAAUGUGUGGGCCAUAUGCGCCUACUAUCUUGGCUGCUGCUGGGAUCUUUAACACACAUGGCAUUGAUGCAAAGGCGAGCAGCCAUACACAUUUCUCCCACGGCUAAUCAGCCCACAACCAACACCACAACGAAUCCUCAAACGGGCGGAGGUGGUCAUCAUCCCUCAACUCACCCGAAUUCCAGUCAUCAACCUGUACCGCAAGAAGCCUCCUGUCACAUUGCCGAUCAUAUUCAAGUUAUUUUCGCUGGAUUUGCAGAACAAUCGAAAACAUCGGUGCUGCAUAUGUCGUCACUAUUUCAUGCCUUUACACUGUGCCAAUUGUGGACAGUGUAUUUGGAACAAAUCGCACAUACAUCGAAUAACCCCGAGGGUAAUACAAUGGGUGUCCUCUUUGAAUUUUGGGCUAAGGUAACACCAUGUAUUCUGCAAUUGGUAUCACAUUCCAAGCACAAAGAUUCUAAUGAUUUUUCACAAAAUUCCAAUGCCAAGCUUUCGGAAAUGGUGAAUUUACAUUUUUUGAGUUUGUUGGAGGCUUUGAAAGAAACCAAUUCAACUAUUUUGAGUAAAUUGCUACCUUUGUGGAGUCCAGUUUUGUCAUCACAUACACAGCUUUCGGAUACUCUGCAUGUUCGCCUGCAAAAUGUACGAGACUAUGCCCCGGAUUAUGAGGAGCAACAAACGAAUAAUGCCGAAGUCCUUCUGAAAUGGCUGCAACGUCUUCAGUUUAAAAUGGGACAAAUUGAAUUGCAGGCAUCCACCGCCACACAGUUCUAUUCGAUUUAAGUAAAAUAAGAAAAAGAUCGAUGUUAUAAUUUAAAAUUAAUUUAAUAAGUAUAAGACAUUUAAAAGAACCGGUUACAAGAGAGCCCAGCUCUUUUGCUUUACCAUUGAGAAUGUUUUUUCAGUUGUUCUAUAGAAGAGAUAAAUGUCACAACAAUCUAUGUCAAACAAUUGAUGUUGCUGUGUUUUUUGUAGUUGAAAAUAAUAGCCAAAAUUUACAUGUUGAAUGUUAAUGUCCAUGGAAAUAAAUAAAGACAAGUAAUUGAAACUAAAAACAAUGCAAAUCUAA